AUGGUGCAAGUAUCAACUAUUUUAAGCAGUAUUCUGCUUCUUGUUAAUUAUACUUCAUUAUAUGGUAUGACAUUGUCAGGAAAUGUAACUGCAUCUGCGACAAAUAUCCUUCAAUGUAACAGUGCUGUUCAAUGUCCUGUUCCGGCAAUUUGUGCUAUCUCAUGUACACUUAAUAUGGGUCCUUUAUGUGCAGAGGGAAAAUGUGACAAUGGAAAAUGUCAAAUUAUUGCACCAUGUUCAGAAGGCUUACAGUGCACAUCUAAAAAUUUAACUCAAUGCGUCCAUUCUAUGAUGUGCGCUCUAUGCUUACCUGAUUUGGGUCCAUCAUGUUCUCAAGUUACAUGUGAAAACGGCCUAUGUAAAACAAUUUCUCCAUGCUCGAUUCGCCUAAAUUCAACAGCAACUACAACUAAACCUCCAACAGGCGCCUGUACUAGUGAUGCACAAUGUCCUCGUUCUGACAUUUGUGCUCGAUGCCGUAACGGUACUGGUCCACCUUGUGCAUCAUCUAAAUGCGUGAAGGGUAAAUGUAUCGCUAUUCCACCAUGUUCAGAAGGCUUACAGUGUACAUCUAAAAAUUUAACUCAAUGCGUCCAUUCUAUGAUGUGCGCUCGAUGCUUAUCUGGUUGGGGCCCAUCAUGUUCUCAAGUUACAUGUGAAAAGGGCCUAUGUAAAACAAUUUCUCCAUGCUCGAUUCGCCUAAAUUCAACAACAACUACAACUAAACCUCCAGGAGGCGCCUGCACUAGUGAUGCACAAUGUCCUCGUUCUGAAAUUUGUGCUCGAUGCCCUAAUGGUACUGGUCCAUCUUGUACAUCAUAUAAAUGCGUGAAUGGUAAAUGCAUCGCUACUCCACUAUGUUCACAACGUUACUGCAAAAUAUCAACGCAAUGUCCAUACAACAGCAAUAAUUGUGCCAAUUGCCCAAAAGGUUAUGCACCAGUCUGUGAACAGCCUGCUUGCACGCUUGGUGUUUGUUCAGUGAUUUUACCUUGUUCCAAAAGAACUACAAGUGUUACAAAUUCUACAACUUGA